GAGAAGAUCGUUGGUGCCUUCCUGAUUUGGACGAUGAUGAGCAGCGCUUGGCCCACGGCGACACUGCACUUUGCAUGAAGCAUCUUGGUCUUUGGCUACGUGCUCAAGAAUGCCGUCGUGUUCCCACGGAUGUUGGAAUGUUGCUGGAAUCUCCACGUGACCCAGCUGAAUACUUGAGCGAUGAAGAAGGAGCUCGAA